ACUGUUGUAAUGGAUGGUCUGGAGCGCUGGUACCAUCAACAGCGCAGCGCAGGCACACUGGCAACGGCGGCGUCGGCUCUCAUCAUUUCCGAGCCCGUUACAUGUAAACAAGGAUCAUUGAGGGGAUUGAAGAGUCGCGACAAAGACCAGAAACCAGCUGCGACGGGGUCGCAAUGUCCUCGUCCACUACCGAGACGGAGGAGCCGCACGCCUCGCAGUUGACGCCUCUGAAGUUGGUAGGGCUUGUUUGCGUGUUCCUCGCGCUGUGCCUUGACGUUGGCGCCGUGCUGAGCCCUGCGUGGGUUACGGCGGACGACCAGUACAACCUUUCUCUGUGGGAAGCAUGCUGGAAACCGGCAGCGUCAGAACGGUGGGAAUGCAGCAGCACGUUGGAAUCCGACUGGCAGAUUGCCACACUGGCCCUGUUGCUAGGCGGAUCUUUACUGGUUCUGCUGUCGUUUGCAGUGGUUCUGGUGUCUGUGUGUGUUGGGACCAGGACCAAAUUCCACCGGCCUGUUGCUGUCAUGCUGUUCACUGCAGUUGUUCUCCAAGGCUGUUGUCUGGUGCUGUAUCCAAUCAAGUUCAUUGAGAGCAUCAGCCUGAGGAUCUACCAUGAGUUUAACUGGGGUUAUGGUCUGGCCUGGGGGGCCACCAUCUUCUCCCUUGGGGGGGGCAUCCUGUACUGCCUCAACCCCCGCAACUAUGACGACUACUACUGACUACCACCAGCGACUAUCAUUGACUAGUAUCACUGAUGACUACUGCUGAUUAAGACUCCUGACCAGACUACUGAUUAUAACUACUGACUAAUACAAUCAAGUAGUUAUUAACUACUACUAGUAGUACAACUGACUAAUACUGCAAAUGAAUACUUCUGAGGACUGCUAACUAGUACCUCUGACUACAACUGUUGACUAGUACUACUGACCUUCACUGACUAAUCAGAUGGCAGUGGUAGGAAGAGCAGCCCUGACAGACAGCUGUCCACCUAAGAAAAUUCUCCAUAUACAGAAUCUGUUCUAGAUUUUAUUCUGUAUCUUUUUUUUUCUUUUUUUUUUUAAUGUUCUUUAGUUCUCUUUGUACAUGAAUGUUCUCUAAAUCUCUGUGUUCCAGAAUGUUUGCUUGACUUUCCUGUUUUAGAAUGCUCUCCAAAUGUCUCAGUUCUAGAAUUGACUCUAGUUCUUGCUGUUCUAGAAUGUUCUCAGAUCUAUUGGGUCUAAACCGUUCUUGAUCUGUAAAUACAGAUCCCACUGUUUUCUAGAUGUCUUAGUCCUCAAAUAUUCUAUAGAUCUGUGCUAGAAUGCUCUCUGAAUCUCUUAGUUCUUGAUUGUUAUUGAGAUCUCAGAUCCAAUUUUUCUCAAUGUUCUCCAGAUGUGACUGUGAAAUUGAUCACUUGAUCCUCAGGCCUUGAAAAAAGAGAUACUUUGUUGUUGUUGAUGCUGUUUGUUAUUGUGGAAACUAGUCUAGACUGUAUGCUUUACCAUAGGAACCGCAACCAAAAGAGAUACGUUUCAGAAGUGGUGCUGCAAUAGAUAACAAGAACUGUAAUAACAACAACAACCACAACCUUGGAGAUGUAUUUAACAGAGACUGCUAAUGAACUAACUAGCCAAUGGCAGUGGAGUGUGCCUCACCAACUGACCCACCAAAGGGGGAAAUCAUGUGACAUCUCGUUGAGAGGAGGCAAGGAGGUUACAGUUUUUUACAGUCGCUAGGACACAUUUCUCAAUACUUGUGUCACGUUUUCAAAACUCUUCACACAGCGAGCAUAACAGAAGUACAUGUGGGCUAAACUGUGAACCAUUUAUCAUUGCUUUGGCACAAAAUGCAUUCAAUGACUACAUCUUUCAAAUUUCAUUCAUUCUUUUCUCACUUCGACACAACAACUGCCAAAACUCUAUUUACCUACAGGCCAAUUUGCACAUGCUUACAUACUGUUUUCAAAACUGUUAAACUUCAGUUCAAAACAAUAACAUAAUACAAAACUGAAUAAGACAGAAAUUAGCUAAAUUUUUACGGUAAUAUUGUAAUGAAAUAUAUUUAGAAUUAAAAAAUUUAAUGCUAUAAAAUGAUCUCUCCAGAAAGGGUUGUGCUAGGUGAGGAAAAGGAUGCAGAGAGAAGAAAGACAACAUUUGUAUGAGACAAUGUGGCAUUUCACCACUCCAGUGCAGUCACCGAGUGGUUUGCAGCCCAUUCCAGAAUGGUCUCACUUCUCUUCCCACCUUACUCUCCAUUCCUCAACCCCAUAGAAUAAUUAUUUUCCUCAUGGAGGUGGAGGGUUUACUGUAUGACCACCACUACAUGAUCAAAUGUCCCUCCUGGACGCAAUGAAUGCUGGAUGCCUGGACAUUGCCAGGGAUGGAUCAGGCAUGCCAGAAGAUUCUUUCCUAGGUGUAUUGCCUUAGAUGACAUAAGAUGUGGUGUGGAUGAGAACCUAUGCCCAAAUGCAGAAUAUUACAAUAGCAUUCCUAUUGUAUCUGUAUCAGUGGAUGGUGUGUAUACAAAUUAUUGUAUUCUGGAAUUACUAGUGGGGAAAAAAAGAAAGAUAUACAACACAUUGAAGCAUACUGCAUCAUGUCUGAUUCAUUCCAGUAACAUAUAUUGCAGUACAUUCUAAACAGUAGAGAGUUGUCCUGGUUUUAAAACAUUGUAUAAUGCUACUUGCUGUUAGUUUUUUUUAGGUCACUGUUUUGUGGGUGACAAAGUAUGUUUGCUGGCUGUCAUCCUUUGCUAGUGUUAUGGAGGAAUGAGUUGAUUUGAGACAUGUAUGAAGUGAUUUGGUAGUUUUAGUGCAUUUUGAAUGUGAAAUUAACUGCUGUGCCGAGCUGAAAGUUGGUUAGGACAACUGCGUUAAGAGUUUUGAAAAUGUGACUUAAGUAUUGAGAAAUAGGUCCUAGCGACUGUAAAAAACUGUAAGAUGAGAGGUCAAGCUAGGAGGCCAAGCUAGAAGGUCAAGAUAGGAGGUCAAGCUAGGAGCAAGGAGCCUAGGAGGCCAGACGAGUAAACCCAGCAAGGAGGCCAGAGUAGGAGACCAGACUAGGAUCCGACUUGCCGGGUCACAACUCUUGGGCACCGCUUUUCUCCAGAGCCAAGGUAGGACCUGAUAACCUGCUGAAUGGACUCAGUCUAAGUUCCAGACCUAAUUGGUUUGGUUCCUAUGAGUGAGAGCUGCUGUAGUGGUGACAGAAAACAAUGAUAACUUCAAACUAGUCCAUCCUGAUGUUCCACUGAUACAUCACACUAACACAUCUCUGUUGUUAGAGUUAGCCCAGUAAAAGGAGGAGCAAACUGUUACAUGGUGUGUUAGAAGCAAGGUGUGUGUGUUUGAGAAAGCUGGAGAAAGAUAAAUCAAGUGUUAGUGUGUGUGAACGUGUGGUUGUGUGUGUGUCUGUGUGUGUGUGUGUGCGUGUGUGUGUGUGUGUGUGUGUGCGCGCACCGGCAUGGUUUAGAU